UUGGAAUUUAUAUCGUUACCAUUAAAGGUUCAAUCAUUCUCACUAAUCAAUCAACAUAAUCCUUUGUUUUGUUAUUCAUUCUUCACUGAUACCUUUCAAGGAAAAGAUUAAUCCACACUCGAAAUAGGACACUCGAAAUAGAACACUCGAAAUAGAACACUCAAAACUACAACUACUCCAUCUAUCUACCUUCUUAAUUCCCAACUAAAGAACUCCAUACAAUUACUUCAAAAUGACGGUCAUAUGGGGUUUAGAUCUCAAGGAGAUGCAAUGGGGCAAAUUCAAAGGGGCUUACAUGUUUAAUCAAAUCUAUCAUCUUCGAAAAACAAAGAUGAUUGUCUAUCAAAUCGCCAUGAUCUUCUGCGUUUGUUCCGAAUCUGUAGGAACAGCUGCGUUAAGUGGUAAGAACCUUUCCUGUCGAAACUUACCAUCAAUCAUUGAGAGUACAAGACUAAUCCUUAUUCUAUCCAGAUUAUGUGGAUCAACGAGAUGGUAUAAAAUCACGAUAUGGUUAUCAUACUUCAGUUAGAGAUAUUGUCGGAAUUUUCUCAUUCAAUAUAUUUGUCGGCAUAGCAGUUGCAACCAUCUUUGGUUCUGGAUUCUUUUUCGAUCUUUUCUGGCCUCAACGUUAUGAAACUCCUGCUGUGAAGAUGGCGUGGAAGAUUUGUUCGGUUUUGAUGUGUAUCUUCACUUUAGCAGAUGCUAUUGCUCUUACCGUAAGUAUACUAUCAUCCGAUCUACCGCUGCUGAGUCUUUAAUUCUUCAUACAGGUCAUUGUAGCUACACAAAGAGCAACGAUUGAUGGAUUAACAAACUCAGAAGCACAAAGAUAUUUUGAUUUAAAUGGUCCACCAAAUCCUAUCUAUCGUAAAAAUGCAUAUUGCAUUGCUUCUACUGUACUUUUAUGGCUUGGUAUGCUAGGUACAUUCGCUAGGUUAGUUUUCCCUUCUGUCUGUCAUGAAAUCACUAGCUAACUCUUAUGUAGUACGUAUAUCAUGUGGAAAUCACUCGCUCAUGACAAGAAAUUCGCUACACCUUUCGCAGCUGGUAAAGGACCUGCCGAUGAUCCAUGGGAUAAAUCCAAUCGACCAGUAACUGAAUCAGAAAAAGCACAACCAUCUACCGAAACCCCAGUUCAAGUUCAUAAUAAUGAUCUAGAACAAGGUAGAGGUAUUGUUCAUGAAGGACCUACAGUGUCAGAAACAAACCCAGUUGCCAACUAACCAACGCUUCGCCUUGCCGUCAUAACCUCUACAGAGACUCUUUUCAAGCUCGGGUGUAGCUGCUCAAUCAUUGUUAGCCGAUCAAAAUAUUCGAAAUGUCAAGUGCGCCAGGAAGUGCGAGAAACCUUCGACGAGACAAAAUCCUUCAAACACAUGCGUAAUUAUCCUGGGGGAGAAACUACGUCCCUACGAAAUUAGUCCUACUGAGGAGAAAUUACUUCCUCGCGACCUUGCAAAUUGCAACAGCCAUUCCGCAAUUUAAUUCGACUACAAACAUAACCAAAAAAACAAUGCAAUAUCGAUGGUUCAGUGGAGAGGUAGAUAAAAAGAAAGAAAGCGAUGGCUCACCAUCACCACGAACAAAACCAGCUACAGCACAUGAAAACUUAUUCAUUCUGAACAUGGAAUGACGGAGUAUGGUAUAUAAAGACAAAUCAAAAAGUUGGAAAUUUUGAAAAAGAAUAAAAAAAAAUUAAAGGGAGAUGGAAUGGGAUGGGGUGUUGGAGUAUUUGGGUAUACGGUGACUUUUGUACGGAAUUUGGAAAUGAGAUGGGAUAUGAAAGGAAACGGGGUACAGAACGAAGGGGAAGGGAAGGGAAACAUAGAUACCAGGAAAAAAUGGAAAUGGAAAUGGAAAUGGAAAUGGUGUUGUGGUUAUGAGAAUUAUGAGGGGUAUGAUGGUUAUGGGGCUUAUAAGGUGUAUAGAUAGAUACCUUACUCACCAGUUUACUUAGUUUACUUAGUUACCUUAAUUAACAUGGAUAGUUAAUAAUGAAGUGG